AUGUCCGCCAAUACGACACCCAAGCAAACAAGAAAUUUAGCCAGCGCCUGGCAGACGACGCUGACCCAGCCGCCGCCCGUCAACGAGUGGGUCGUCGACGUGGCCUUUGCCGAAUCAACGAAAGAAAACGCGCCUCAGUUCUUUGUUGUAGAAUUAAGGUACGAGGUGACGCGACGGUGUGUUGCUGUCAGACGCUUCGCGGAGUUCCGGAGGCUGCUGAAGGAGGUGCGGCGCUGCGAACUGAGGGUCGAGGCGCCGUUUCCUUCUCGCACGGCCAUACUGACCGGAGGUUUGUCGGGCAAGCCCUCGUCAAAAGCUUUGACAAGACGCUUGGAAGGAUUACGAGCGUGGCUGGGCGAGGUGGCCGCGAAGCGUUCUUCGCUGGAUGAAACGGCCUCGAAAUCUCUCAGGCAGUUUGUCGGCGCCGAGGACGGCUGGGAGAACGAUGGUGAUAGGCCGCCGCUGUCUCCUGCCUUUAGCACGCCGCCGCGCGCGCUGCCGCCCUCGCCCAUCGAUGAUGAGGAAGACGAAGUGGAAGCGCGGAACGCGUCUCGACUCACCGCGGCGGCGCUACAAGUCGCCGAGCUCGAGGGCCAGCGCGACGCGGCUUUGUUGAGAUGUAGGGAAUUGGAGCUGGAGGUCGCCAACGCGACGUGUCGCGCGUCCGACGCGGAGCAAAUUAACGAGGAGCGCGAUGGCGCCGGCGACAAGACGCGCGCCGAGGCCGCGGCGGCGCAGGGCGAGGUACAGAGGCUCAAGACCGAGCUCGAGGCGCUGCGCGAGCGCUCCUCCGCCGCCGCGGCGACGGCGACGACGGACAGCCCUCUACGGGCGUACCGGCGCGAGCGCGAGGCCCUCGAGAGCGAGCGCGACGAGGCGGUCCAGUCCGCGGAUGCGUACAAGGCGCUGGCCGAAAAAGCGGCCGAGAACGCGGCGUCUGCAAGGUCGCGGGCGGAAGCCGCGGCGGCGCGGGAGCGCGACGCGGCGGCGUUGGUGGAAGAGGCGGCAUCGGCGCGCGACGCGGCUUUUCAAGAACGCGACACGGCGGUGCGCUACCGGGACCAGGCCAUUCGUGAUAGGGAGCAGGCGGAACGGGACCGCGACGCGGCGGCAAGCGCGAGCGAACGGGUUCGACAGGAGCGCGACGCGUUCCGCGACGCGCGCAAGCGGGCCGAGCUGGAGCGCGACGCCGCGGCGAGCGCGCGCGACGCCGCAGAGCGGGAGCGCGACGCGGCGGCCAACGGCCUGGCCGAGGGCAAGCGGCUCUGGGACGAGGCCGUGGCGGAGCGCGACGCGGCGAGCGCGGCGCGCGACGCGGCGGAGCAGGAGGCGGCGCGCUGCGCGGAGGCGCUUCAAGCCAUGGGACAGCGCUUCGAGGAGGCAGCGAAGAAGGCCGCCCAGUUCCUGGAGGCCUCGAAGCGGGAGACGGGGCGCCUCGAAGCGGAGCUCGCGGCGGCCAAGACCGACCUCGCGGCCGCGGCCCGGGCCAAGGACGACGCGGAAACGGCGCGGCGCGCCCUCGCGGCGGACCUCGGCGUCGCGUCUGCGGCCAGAGACGCUCUCAGAGGCGAGCUCGCCGAGACGGUGCAAGAUAGGGACGCUCUAGCUGCCGAGCGGUUAGAUGCCGUCGCGGCGCUGGCGGCGGCGCGCGCCGACGGCGACGCGCGCGCCGCGCGGCUCGCGGCGUUGGAAGCAUCAAUGACGCCGCCGCCCCCACCAACCCCCCCGCCAAAAGUGGGCUGCGCCCCGGGCUGCUUCGGUAGAUGA